UCUCCUGUGUCAGUCAUGGCUUCCUCCAACAGUGUCCUGUGUGAAGAUCAGCUCCAGUGCUCCAUCUGUCUGGAUGUGUUCACUGAUCCAGUCUCUACUCCAUGUGGACACAACUACUGUAUGAUCUGUCUCAAAGAGUUCUGGGACAGCAAUUCACACUGUCAGUGUCCAGUGUGUAAGGAGGAAUUCCCUAAACGCCCUAAACUACGUGUGAAUACAUUCAUCUCUGGACUGGCUGCUUCAUUUAAGAAGUCAGUUCAGGUGAAAUCCAGCAGUGCUGCAGAAAAACCCACCCAAUCUCUGGUGCUCUGUGAGGCCUGCUGUGAAAAGAAAUGUGCAGCUGUGAAGUCAUGUCUGACCUGUAUGACCUCUUACUGCAAGACUCACCUGGAACCUCAUAAGAGAGUGUCUUCAUUGAAGAAGCACAAACUGAUGGAGCCUGUGGAGAACCUGGGGGACUACAUCUGCCAGAAACAUGAGAGACCCCUGGAGCUGUUCUGUAGAGACGACCAGAUAUGUGUCUGUCGGUUCUGUACUGAGGGAGACCACAAAACUCACAACACUGUUCUUAUAGAGGAGGAGAGUGCAGAAAAGAAGACUGAGAUGGAAAAGACACAAGCAGAAGUUCAGCAGAUGAUCCAGGAGCGACUGAAAAAGAUUGAGGAAAUUAAACACUCUGUAGAUCUCAAUAAUAAAAGUACAGAAAAGGAGAAAGCAGAUGUUGUGGAGAUCUUCAGUGCUCUGAUGCUCUGCAUUAAGAGAAGCCAGGCUGAACUGCUUAAGGUGAUGGAGAAGAAGCAGAAAGCAGCAGAGAGGCAGGCUGAAGAGUUCAUUAAAGAUCUGAAGCAGGAAAUCACUGAGCUAAAGAGGAGAAACACUGAGCUGGAGCAGCUCUCACACACUGAGGAUCACCUCCACCUCCUACAGAUUUACCCGUCACUGUGCAGCCCUCCACACACCCAGGACUGGACUGAUGUCACUAUUAACUCUCGUCUAAGUGUGGAGACUGUGAGGAGAGCUCUGUCUCAGAUCCAGGAGACUCUCAGUGAGGAAAUGGAGAAGCUUGAUGAGACUGAACUGAAGAGAAUUAAACAAUAUGCAGUGGAUGUGACUCUGGAUCCUGAUACAGCGAAUCCUUAUCUUAUCCUGUCUGAUGAUGGGAAACAAGUUACACAUGGAGACACAGAACAGAAUCUCCCAGAUAACCCAGAGAGGUUUGAUUAUUGUGCUGAUGUCCUGGGAAAGGAGGGAUUCUCCUCAGGGAGAUUUUACUAUGAGGUGCAGGUCAGAUGGAGUACUGAGUGGGAUUUAGGAGUGGUCAGAGAGUCCAUUAACAGGAAAGGGGGGAUUACACUCAGUCCUGAAGAUGGAUUCUGGUGUGUGUUGCUGAGAAAUGAGACUGAGUAUGGGGCUCUGGACUCGACUCCUGUCUCCCUCUAUUUAAAACAGGCUCCUCAGAAGGUGGGGGUGUUUGUGGAUUAUGAGGAGGGUCUGGUCUCCUUCUAUGAUGUUGAUGCAAAGUCACAUAUCUACUCUUUCACUGGUCAGACUUUUACAGGGAAACUAUUUCCAAUAUUCAGCCCCUGUACUGAUGAUGAAGGUGAAAAUUCAGCACCACUGAUUAUCUGUCCUGUUACUCAAAUAUAAAUAGUUCUGAUUUUAAAUUUUAUUUUCAUUCAGCCUUGUUAGCAUCAUAUAAAAUUGGCUCCUGCUUUAAAGCAAGUUUAAUCCCAACUAAUUCACUAUUUUAAUAGUUUUUUUUAUUCAAAUCUAAUAUCUAGAUAUAUUUGUCCUGUUAGUCAAAAAGUUAUUUGUAAAUAUGAAUAUUUCUAAUUUUUUUUCUUAAUCAGCAUUAGGGCAUCUGAAAUAGGCCAUACUGGUGGAAUAUCACACUUUAACAUUCAGCAUGUGUCAUAAUCCCACACUAACCUCAUCACUCACUAGCUUUGAACAUGAUUGUAACACAACUGUUUUUUGUUUUUUUUUUGUUUUUUUUAAAUGAAUCACUGUGAUUUUGGUGUAAAAAUAACAUUGGUAAGUGGACUUUUAAUCGACAAUUUCCCGAAUUUGGUUCGUGAGCUGAUGCUCAAAAAUGUAAAAUAAGAAAAGUGAAACUGUACAAAAGGUGAGCAGGCCUUUUCAUCAAUAUGGGCAUUUCAGUGGUAGUUUACAUAUAUUACAUAUAUUUUAAAUUCAAAUUCAAAUUUUAUUUGUCACAUACACAGUCACACACAGUACGAUAUGCAGUGAAAUUCUUAGACAACUGCUCGUGACCUAAAAAUAAAAGACUAUGAAUAGGAAUAGGAAAUACAUAUGAAAAUUAAAAUAAAGGGUAAAUAUAUUUAGGAAAGAAUAAAAUAAAAUAUAUGAAGAAUAUAUGAAGAAAUAUAGAACAAUAAGAGCAGCUGUACGAGUAGGUACAUAUUUAUGUAAUUUUUGUGUGGAAUGGAGUUAAAAUAAACUGUAAUAAAAGAAUGGUAAUGUCCAGGGUUGUGCAAUCCACAUUUUUAAAGUGACUUAUGCAGUACUAAUAUGCUUAAAGUGAUUUAUUUAAAGUGACUUGUGAUGGAGUGAUUUGAUGACCAUGAAGUGUAGUUGUGCAGUGGCCAAUAGUGUAAACGAAUGUUCAGAAUGUCCAGUGUGUGUGUAAAAACCAUAUGUGUGGGUCAGUACUGUGUGGUGGUGUGAUUGUG